GGCAUCGACUUUGACACUGGCAAUGCCUCGCCGCGUGCGCGCAUCCUGCAGGCCAUUCGCCAGCACAAAACCUCCUGCCACCCCCGCGUUCGGUGGCUGAAGUGGGCCAAGCUGUCCUGCCGGGACCGGGCCGAAAAGGCGACGGUCACGAGGUUCAAUGCCAGCUCUGCCGCUCUCAUCUCGCAGAAGGCACACCCGCUUGCAAAGUUCGAGGUGUUUCGCUGGCCACGCAAGGUUGGACCCAAAUCGCAGGCGAUCUCUCCCAUUGCCUUCCGUCCUGCUUGGGUUUGCAAGACAUGCCACGCCACGUGCCGCGUCGCAAAGCUUGCUGAGGAGCACGCGGCGACCAAUUGCCCCAACAAGGCUGCGUCGGGCCUGCUUAAGACUUGGGCCCACGGUCGCCUCAGUACUCUUGCUGCAGACCGGAAAAUUUUUCUCCAAGGCCCCAACUCAAGCGAGGCAAAGGCGCGAGGCAUUGCCCUUUUCGACCAGGCUUUUUCUUUCAAUGCCGCGUCCAGGGGUGUCUCUUGUGGCGCGGCGCUUCGCCCGAUCUUGGUGCGUCAUUCCUUUGACCUCGUUGCCAUGAGUGAGGCUCAUAUCCCUGCGGCCUCCCGUGUUGCCUUUGCUGCCGAGUGGAAGCGGUGCGGGUGGUCGGUGGUUUUCAGCGCCCCCGAGGAGCAAUACUGUCAGGUGUGCCUCCUGUCCCAAAUCCCUCUUAAGCAGGUCUCGGUCUGCAGCCAAGACGGCGCCGCCCGGCACGCGGCAGCCCUCCUCGACCUCAAGAGCGCCCGUGGAAAUGUGCCGCUGUUGGCCGUGGCCGUCUACUUGCAAAGCGGCAAGCCCCUUGUUGCGCAGGCCCAGGCCAGUGACAUUCUUGCAGGUGCCCAGUCCUCUGGUAGGCGGUGCCUCGUCUUUGGCGAUUGGAACCUUGUGCAAGAGGAGGGCGACCUUGCAGCUCUCUUGCAGGCCAAUGUUGUGCACUCGUGUGAUGAGGCUGCGUGGGGUCAGGAGCUUCCUCCCACUGGCCCAGUAUGUCAGGGCUCGCGCCGCCGUAGGAUUGACUAUGCUGUGUCCAUUGGUGACUUUCGUGCCACAGCGGUAGGCCAUGUUGCUGAGGAUGAGGUCGGAGUGUUGUCGGAUCACAGGUUGGUCCAUUACACUUUUGAUGCCUCGGCUCCCCCGGCCCUUCGGGGUCCGAAGCGCAGGCGGCUCCUUGAUAAGGAUGCCCUCCCGACUGCCGAUGUGCUGCUGCCAGCUUUGGAGGUGCAGCUCUUCCACAGGUGCCUUCAGGAAGGGGAUGUGGACGAGGCUUGGCGUCGUCUUUCCGACUUGGCCGAGGAUCUGGUGUGCAAGCCUGCUGGCGAUGCUCCCGACCUGGUGCCACGCAGCCGGGCAUGGGAACCGCAGCCGCGCAAGGUGCGCACUGAUUUUGAGGCCGAGAUGGAUAAAUCUCCGGGGCUCAGGGCUCUUCGCCGCCUUCAUGCCCGACUGCUUUUGUGUGCACGCCGCCCUUGGGAUUCUCCUUUGCUUCGUGCCACAGGUGCCAUGGCUGCCCGCACUCGUGCAAAGGUUCCUGCCCUCGGCUUUGUGAGAUGCGAGGACCCUGCUGCCCUUUGUCAUGUGCAGCAUCUCAUUGCCACCCUCGAGGAAGAUGAGAAACAGCUCCACCUUGAAAAGUGGAAGUCUUUGCUGCAGUGUGACCCCGCCAGGGUCCGGUCCUACGUGAAACGCCGUGCCGAUGCCGCCCUUGUAGCCCAGCAGGUGCCCGAUAACAUUGCUCAGGUCAAGGAUGGCUGGCGUCCGGCCAUUGCGGUUGAGGAGCAGGCGGCUAGGUGGACAGAGGUCUGGUGCAAGCCCCCUGGACAUGACCCUGUUGCCAUCGAACGCAUCCUUGCUGCGGUCCCUCAGCCCAGGCCGUGCUCCGUGCAGUUUCGCUUCUCUCCGGGUGUCCUUAAGGCGGCGAUGCAGUCUAUGCAUGGCAAGGCUGCUGGUGCUGACGACUCGACGCCCUCUGAGAUGAUCCAUCUCCCCUGGUUUUGGUGGGACUUAGCCUCGCAGCUUUGGUCCACCAUUGUUGAAGUCCGCAGGGUCCCGUGCAUCUCUGGAAACAAGCCAGGGUAG